AUGGCUGUCGAUAUUAUUUUUGAACGGGCUUGCAAAACAUUCCAAAGCAAAUAUCAACAAAAGCCAACAGUAGCUGGCUGCGGCCCAGGAAGAGUAAAUCUAAUCGGAGAACAUACUGAUUACAAUGAUGGAUUCGUCUUUCCUAUGGCAUUGCAAGACGCAACGGUGGUUGUUGGCAGACUAUCGGCGAGAAAUGAAUGUCGUAUUACAACGAUAGCUGAACGAGCUGAUCUUCCCCAUGAGGUUGAAUUUUUACCCCAUAGUAAAGAUCAACCGUUACAACCUGGUAAACCUUCUUGGGCCAACUAUGUGAAAGGAGUGAUUGCAAAUUAUCCAGGUCCGGUACCAUCUUUCGAUGCUGUGAUUGCAAGCUCAGUACCCCUUGGAGGUGGUUUAUCCAGUUCUGCUUCACUGGAAGUUGCCUUUUUCACUUUUCUACAACAGCUGGCACCUACUCCCAAUCCCAUCGAUGAUAAAGAUAAAGCACUGGCGUGUCAAAAGGCGGAACAUGAUUUUGCUAACAUGCCUUGUGGUAUUAUGGAUCAAUUUAUAUCUGUUAUGGGAAAAGAAGGUAAAGCGUUGCUCAUUGAUUGUCGAUCACUGGAAACUCGUUUAGUGGCGAUGAAUGAUCCAAAUAUAGUUGUACUAAUCACCAAUACCAAUGUCCAUCAUGAGCUGACUGGUAGUGAGUAUCCAUCGCGUCGUCGCCAAUGUGAAGAAUCAGCUAAAUUGCUGGGCAAAAAGAGCUUACGAGAUGUCACCAUGGAAGAACUUAAAGAAGCUCAAAGUCAAUUUACUGACCAAGAAAUGUAUCGCCGCGCUCGCCAUGUCGUUUCUGAAAUCAUCCGCUGUGAGCAAGCAGCAAGAGCUUUAGAAAAUAGUGAUUUUGAGACGUUUGGAACAUUGAUGGUGCAGAGCCAUGAAUCAUUAAGGGAUGAUUUUGAAGUUAGCUGUCCUGAGCUAGACACUGUCGUCAAACUAGCAAUGGAAGUGGACGGCGUAUACGGAUCGCGUAUGACUGGUGGUGGCUUUGGUGGCUGUUCUGUUUCUUUAGUGGAGAAAAAAGCAGUAGAAAGAGCUAUAAAACAUAUUAAGGCUGGCUACAGUAAUGCUACCUGUUUUACUACGCUUGCCGGUGAUGGUGCAAGACCGAUAUCUAUACCAGAUCAAUAA